GAGAAGAGUCAGAGACCACUCGUCUUCUUCCUUCCGCUCGCUCGCUCGCUCGCUGACGUGUACGCUUCGCGGCGGAGGCGGCGGCGGCGGCUUCCGAUGGCGGAGGCGGCGGGGGCGGCGGUGGCGCCGGCGAAGCUGGGUCUGUACUCGUACUGGCGGAGCUCGUGCUCGCACCGCGUCCGCAUCGCCCUCAACCUCAAAGGAUUGGAGUACGAGUACAAGGCGGUGAACCUGCUCAAGGGGGAGCACUCUGAUCCAGAAUUCAUGAAGGUUAAUCCUAUGAAGUUCGUCCCGGCAUUGGUCGAUGGAGAUGCUGUAAUUGGUGAUUCUUACGCGAUAGCAUUAUAUUUGGAGGACAAGUACCCUGAGCACCCUCUUUUACCUCAAGACCUUAAAAUGAAGGCCUUGAAUCUCCAGAUAGCAAGCAUUGUAUGCUCUGGAAUUCAACCUCUUCACAAUCUUACCGUACUGGUAAGAACUGAUUUGCAUUCAAUUUCUUACUGCCAUAGGUUCAUUGAGAAGAAGGUUGGUACAGGGGAGAGCAUCCCAUGGACUCAACAACAGAUCGACAGAGGUUUCGCAGAUUUGCUUUUAUGUCACACCAUGCUCACUUCGUUCCCCAAUGGUGUAGCUGCUGAGAACCUAGUAAAAGGCUGUGCUGGGAAGUAUGCAACAGGAGAUGAAGUCCGAUUGGCAGACGUAUUCCUCGCACCUCAGAUUUAUGCAGCAGUGACUCGUUUUCAAAUUAACAUGUUAAAUUAUCCCACUCUCGCGAGGCUCCAUGAGGAGUAUAUGAAACAUCCAGCAUUUCAAGCAGCACUCCCAGACAGACAACCAGAUGCCCCUUCCUCUACCUAGAAAAUACAGUGUAUGUUCAUCUGAAAAAUAGAUUAAAAGUUGUACCCAACUUAUCAUUGGAAGCUGUAACAAUAAGCACAGAACUUGUUGCGAAAAUUGAAAAUAGGUGUAUAUGUUUUUCAAAGCUUCUGUCCAAAUAAAUGACCCUUAAAAUUGCUAGCCUAUGGACAACUUCAUGUUGGCAUCAAUGGUGCCAACAACAUGAUACAACUUGAGAGUGGGAAUACAAGAUGCACUUGAAACGCAUUGGUUUGAUAA